AGUUCGAUAGAAAAAUAAAUUGUAUGACAUCAUAGCGCGUUACGAAAUCACGAGACGAUCCCUAGUUUUAGCCACCAUUGGAAUACAAAAGCAUUCAAAAUACUUAUGCUCGAGAGAAAAUUUCUUGUUAAAUUUCACUCUAAAAUCAAAUUUGAGAUUUCAUGCGCUAUUCGUUUGCCUAACGAGCGACAAAAAUGUUUACAAAUCACAGUGAGCUAAAGGACAUACUGAAUUUGGUGUGGGGAGACGUAAUAAAAAGUGAUGGCGGAGCAUUUCGACUUUGGUGUCAAGGUUUCGAGUUUUCCGAGGACGAGCCAGCAGCGUUGCGCCAACGAUGCGGUGGUCCGUGCGGCGUUCUGGCACCCGUGCAAGCGUACAUCCUGAAAACGUUGUUGUCCGAAGCGAUGGGACAGAAUUUCAAGGACUUGACAUUUGAAAAGUGCAAAGCUGUACUGGUGCAGGCACUGUGCUGCAUCCUGACAAAAUGCAAAAAUCAAACGACAAACUACUACGUGGUCACGUUGAAGGACAAAUUCGUGAAGAAGGACAUCAACGAGGAGGGAUCGUCGAGUAAUCCCACGACGGACGAGCUACCAGAAGAGGAGAAUUCGAAUGUGUUUCAUCAGCGCCUGCAAAUUGUCGAGAUGAAGGACAUCGAGCACGUAAGACAAUUUUACUUGGACCAUUUCCACACGCUCGAGAACCAGUAUGGAGUAUUGGUUUUCCUGUACACCGUUUUGUUGACCAAAGGAAUGCAGAAUAUUCUGAGUGAAUUAUGUGAUACGUCGGAGCCGCUGAUCCACGCAGUGUACGGGCACGCCUCACAGCCUUUGAUUAAUCUUAUGUUGACGGGACGGAUUGUGCCUUACGUGUGGGACGGAGACAAAAAUAUCGGCGGGCUGGCGUUGCGUGGCAUCAACCAGCAGUCGGACAUUGGUUUCCUCACGAUAAUGGAACAAAUGCAGUACUGCACUGUAGGCAAUUUCUUCAAAAAUCCGCGACAUGCUGUUUGGGUCCUCGCCUCGGAGACACAUUUGACCGUACUUUUCAGUCCCGAGACGAAACUUGUGGCACCCGAGACGCCACGCGAACAGGCAAUUCGUGUGUUCCAGCAGUUCAACAGUGAUGGCGCCAGUUUUAUCGAGAGCGGUCAUUUGCAAGAGGUCCUCAAGCAGCUCGGACUCGUUAGUGUACCUGAAUACGUCGACAUAAUGCGCAAGAAAAUGGAUCCUGAGAACCUAGGCAUCAUUCUGCAGAACGCUUUCUUGGAGGAGUUUUUCGAGGAGGAGAUUUCCAAAUGUCCCGAUAUCUUCGAUCUGUACCACUACAACGGCAUCUCCAACUCGAACCUGCACAAUCAAGUGAAAUUCCGCAAAGGCACCGCUAUCUUGCUCGAGUCGAAUUUGCAAAUGUGCGACUCGUCCAACCCCAUACUGACAUGUCUCCAGACAAAGUGGCCGAACAUAGAAGUUAAUUGGAUGGAAAAUGUACCUUCACUAAAUUAAUUAAAUGUGUAUUUUCUGAUGUACAUACCUACAUAUAUAUUUACAUUAAAAAGUUUUGGCGUAUCACUUGAACAGACACACAUAUAUAUACGAAAAUCUAUUAAAUACCAUUAAACCACAAAAUAACAAUAAAUAUUAAUAAUAACAAAGCUAAUAAUAAUAUAAACACAUAUACCUACCUAAAUAAUCCUCAGUUUUCGACACUAAAUCUGAGUCUUUUUUAACUUUUUAAUUUCAAGUAUUUCAAAGAACAAAUCUUAUAGUAUUUUAUAAAAUUGAGGACUUUCAAAAAACCUUUAGAUUAGAUAAUCUAAUCAUUCUUUGUUUGAAAGCUUGGAGGAAUUCGAUUGAA